AAUAUAAUUGUUUUACAGUUUCAUUUUGCACCCGGUGAUACAUAUUUUGCAUCGGAAAAGGGUAAAAUUCUGAGGCGCAGGAAUGCUGUUCCGGUGUACAAGUUUGUGCCGCAAAUAGCGGACCUGCAAGAGUCAUCAAGCUUGGAGGAUUUAGCAGAAACCACUUACGACACGAAACGCAAGGACCCACAGCACGAAACAGCUGGCAGUGUCUUCGUUACCCGUAAUGUGCCGGUAAACACAAAAUCACUGCUGCCGCCGCGCGACGCUGUAAUCGAUCCCUUGCCGGGUUCUGCCAGCCGUGAAACCUCCGCCGGUCAACAUGCAACUUCCUACAAUAACGCCAAUCACGGAAAAGUGGAAUCUGACCAAACAUCGUCCGGUCGAGCCUCUGGCGUUAAUCAUGCUCUAUUGGUAACAAUGAACAGCGUCCGUGGUCAACCAAAAGUUUCAAGCGCCGAGCACGCAGUCGAAAUAGACAGUUUUUCCACAACACAACACCGGCUGUCGGAAUGCACUCGUUAUUUUCCGAAAAGAGAUCAUCAGUUACCAUCUAGCGACAACAUCAUUCCUACGAAAAAGGCACGAUUUUCAUCCGGUCACCCUGAAGCACCCGGUGGUGAUUCUGUUAAGCUACAUAGUCAUCAGUCAACCGAUCUUCCCGGAAGAGAUAAUACGAUAAAGCAACCGGAAAUGGAAUUGAAGGUAGCGGAAGGAGAUAUGGGUUUCGAGAUUCCGACAUUUGUGAACAACGCUCCAGCUAUUGAAGUCCGCUGUAAUCGUGACACAGCGCAUCAGGAAAUCUGUGCGAAGACCAAGAAGAUUUAUGAGAAGCGUAUUGGUGUACUGAAAGAAAGGUGUCAAAAUCUUCAAGGCGUUGUGAAAGAACAGGCCAAAAAGCUGGCUAAACCCAACUUGGCGUUGGAAGCUUUAGAAAACACUUUCAAUCCGGAUCAAGUAGAUAUUCUUCUCUACAAAAGAAAGCAGGCGAAAGAAUGGAGCGACAACACUAUCACAGAGAGUUUGAAAACAAAAUUUGUGUGCGGGAAGCAAGGCUACGAGCAUGUGCGCCAAAAGUAUCCAUUACCGACACAACGAACUCUGCAAAAGCGUAUGGAAGACCUCAACUUCGACACUGGAAUCCUGGACGACGUAAUCGAGCUCUUGAAACUUAAACUAAAUACGAUGACACCUGAGGAUUUGGAUUGCGGCAUAGUCUUUGACGAGAUGUCCAUCGAGGAAGCACGAAGUUAUUCGGUUGCGGACAGUAAAUUUUUCGGUGACGUUACCAUUUCUGGUCCUGCAGGGACUGCCAGUCAUGCCUUGGUGUUCAUGCUUGUGGGUGUACGGAGCCGCUGGAAACAAGUUGUAGGUUACCAUUUCACCGGCCACACUAUAUUCGAAGAAGCUCUAAAAGACAUAGUUUUUGAAAUUAUUGAAAAAGUAGAAGCGAUAGGAUGCAAGGUAUGCUUCAUAACAUCGGAUUGUGGACCUAGCAAUAAAAAGCUUUGGAAUUGCUUAGGUCUAAAAUUCCAUAAGGAAGAGGUCUUGAGCAGUCAACCCAUCGCGCAUCCGUUCGACGAUACGAGGACGAUUGAAGUAAUUCCCGAUGUAAUACACGUGUUUAAGUCCACUGUGCAAGGUUGGAUUAAAAACGAAGUGUUGUUCCUACCAGCGGAUGUUGUAGAAUCCUGUGGAUUUGUUUCGAAUGAAGUUCGGAUUUCACACUUGCGAGAUUUAGUUCAUUUUGAACACCAAAAUCUGCUUAAAGUGUCUUAUGGUCUUACAACCAGGGAUGUGGAGUUUGGAAAGAAAAGAAGCAAUUUCGACGCCAUGAAAGUGAUCAAUUCUCACAAAUACGUAAAUUCAAAUGUCGCAGCCGCUUUGAAAGUCUACAGCAACCUCGAAAAUCGCCCCGAUGUAUUGCCAACUGCUUAUUUUAUUGAGCAACUUUCAACAUGGUUCAGGUUGUCCAAGAAUCGGUCGUUUGAUUCUGCUUUGAACAAAGGUCUUGAAUUAUAUUUCAUAUUUAGUUUAAAAAACUUUUUAACUUUUUUAUCAUUUUAGACAAUUACGAGGAAUACAGCAACACACUCACGUUUUACAAAUCGUUCAGAACAUUCGCCUUCAAUAUAAAAGUAGGACAUAAAAAGAACUGGAAACCUUGGCAAUCAGCAUUAAUCAUGGCUACAAAUUCAAU